AUGAGCCCUAUAGAAUUUGGAGAUCGAUGGUACAGGGCUUAUUAUAGGAUACAGGCGAUUGACACGUUCUGCGACAGAAAUGCUGAUGAGGGCAGGAAGCACAAUGAUAUGGCUCCUAAUCUGCAGAAUCUGAAAUGCGAUUAUCAGAGCGUGUGGGAUGUGAUGAGGAAAUCGAAUGACUUCAGGUCUGGAAACAGCCCUCCCUUGCCAGAGGAUACAAACACUUCACCAAACUUUAUUGUGGUUCAACCAGAGGGAACUCUUAGGAUUGUUCUUGUUUUAGAUACAAGUGGGUCUAUGGAUGGGGAGCGUUUUGAAAAGAUGAUCAAAGGGGCCUCAAACUUCAUCCAGAGUGUAGUGCCUGAUGAUAAUUACGUGGGCAUCGUCGAGUUCAGUUCAUCUUCCAGAGUUAAUUCUUACAUGGUUCAAUUAAUCAGUGUUUCAUCAAGGUCUGAAUUGAAAUCACGGCUACCUGGGUCUGUCAAUGGCGCUACGUGUAUUGGAUGCGGAAUUCUCGAGGGGAUUCAGGUUGCUCAAUACUUCGGAAUGGAUUCCCGAGGCGCCUAUCUCAUACUCCUCAGCGACGGAUUGGAAAAUAGGGAACCAAAUAUAGCGGACACUCUGGGGGAUAUCGAAAGUUCAGGUGUUAUUGUACACACAAUUGCCAUCUUUCUAGCUGAUACUCAGAUGGAGGAACUGGCCCAGAUGACAGGCGGUACAUCGUAUACCUGUCCUGAUGGAGGCAGUGCACAGUGUGUCAUCUCUGCUUUUGUGUCAAUAAUAGCCACAAGGCCUCAAAGUAUUCCUGAUUCUGCACCAAUACAGGUUGUAAGUUCAUCGAUCGUAGUAGACUCUGGUAAGAUCGAGACCACCACGAUCAUGAUCGAUGCUGCUCUAGGAUUGGAUACUAUCAUGACAUUCACAUGGGCGGCUAACCCCAUCAUCACCGUUGCAGUGACAGGACCGGACGGAUCCAGUUUAGACAGCAGCGAUCCAGAAUAUGAUAUCGAUACAAGCUCCAAAAUAAUAACCACCACAAUCGGAGGUGCCGAGGCUGGCUUGUGGGACAUUGAAAUCAGUAACACAGGCGUUAACAGUUUUGCAGAAGAAGUUAGUAUAAACGUGAUCUCCAAACCUCGAUCGGAAGAUGUUUAUCCCCCGGUUGUCAAUAGUUUCUUGGGAGCAAAGAUAGUAAACUACACGUCAUUUCCCCUGGUCGAGGUCUAUGCCCAUGUCCAUACCAACUACCAACCGGUGAUCGAUGCGACGGUGAUUGCUACAGUAGAAAGUACAACAUCAGGGAAUAUGACAACCAUCCCACUCCGGGAUAAUGGACUAGGAGCUGAUUUGAUCACUGGUGACGGUAUUUACUCGGCUUAUUUCCUGGAUUUCUCUUCAAAUGGACGUUAUGGCGUUAAGGUAGAUGUAAACGGAAAAACAACAUCUUCAUCAAAUGUUGGUCUGAGAUCGAGACGAGAUACAGCAACGUUUAAAGGCUUCCAGCGUACAACUACGGCGGGUGUCUUCCAAGUCGAAAACUACUCCCCGGGUCUUAAUGUUGAUAUCUUGGCACCAUCUAAGAUCACUGACAUUACGAGCGUUGAGAGAACCUACGAUGAGAAUAGAAAUGUAACAUUGAUAUGGACAGCUGUAGGGGAUGAUUUGGACCAAGGAACGGCUGCCUCUUACGAGCUCCAUUUCUCAGAUAACUAUACACAACUCCGAACCGACUUUACCUCUACUUCUGCCAUUACCGAUAUAGAUCUCAUAGUCGGUAACCUCUCUCAAGUCACUUCUUCUGGAAAUCCUGAAUCCAUCUCGUUUCUUCUGCCGGGUGAAGACUCAGAUGCUAUCUUUUAUUUCAUGAUAAGAGCCUGGGAUGAGGCUGGCAACGCGGGUCCUUUAUCGAAUAUAGUAUCCGUCUCAAGACGCCGUGUACCUCCGACCAGCAUGGCGCCGACUUCCAAAUCACCAGCAAGAUUAAACGAGGCACAACAAGAUCGGAAUCAAAUCAUUCUUGAAAAUGGAGCAUUUCAAAACAUUCUUAUCGCUAUACCCAAAGCGAUCGAAGAAGAUUCAAGAAUCAUUGAAAAUAUCAAGGACAUCUUCACAAAGGGGUCGUCCGUCUUAUUCUCUGCCACCAAUCGGAGAGUCUAUUUUGGAAGUAUAAAGAUUCUAGUCCCCCAUAACUGGACCAGGCAGGUAGAAUAUGAGAUUGCCCAGCUGGAGGCCUAUGAGAAUGCUAACGUCAUCGUUACAGAUCAACAGUCUAAUCAUCGUCCACACGUUCAGAACCCAAUCCGUUGUGGCCGAGAAGGACAAUUUAUAGAACUAUCCAAGACAUUCCUGAUCGACCCUGAACUGCGUCAAAAUCAAUUUGGAGAUUCUGGUAAGGUAAUUGCUCGUCAGUUUGCCAAACUCCGCUGGGGUGUUUUCGAUGAAGAUUACGUACCAGGAACCGAUGCUGACCCUUACUACCCAUCAAACGCUGUAACGGCUAGUAAUGGAUUUGAAGGAACAAGAUGCUCUUCAGAAGUUCGUGGAGAUCUUCUUGAUGAGAAUACUGGAUCACCAUGUCAGAACGAUAAUAAAGGGAAUUUACCCGACUCUUGUAGAUUCGUACCUAGCAAUGUCGGGCAAUCAGCUCGGGCAUCGUUGAUGUUCGCGUCUAAUAUCCACUCGAUUGACACGUUCUGCGACAUAAAUGCUGAUGAGGGCAGGAAGCACAAUGAUAUGGCUCCUAAUCUGCAGAAUCUGAAAUGCGAUUAUCAGAGCGUGUGGGAAGUGAUGAGGAAAUCGAAUGACUUCAGGUCUGGAAACAGCCCUCCCUUGUCAGAGGAUACAGACACUUCACCAAACUUUAUUGUGGUUCAACCAGAGGGAACUCUUAGAAUUGUUCUUGUUUUAGAUACCAGUGGGUCUAUGGGUGGGGAGCGUUUUGAAAAGAUGAUCAAGGGGGCCUCAAACCUCAUCCAGAGUGUAGUGCCUGAUGAUAAUUACGUGGGCAUCGUCGAGUUCAGUUCAUCUUCCACAGUUAAUUCUUACAUGGUUCAAUUAACCAGUGUUUCAUCAAGGUCUGAAUUGGAAUCACGGCUACCUGGGUCUGCCAAUGGCAAUACGUGUAUUGGAUGCGGAAUUCUCGAGGGGAUUCAGGUUGCUCAAUACGAUGGAAUGGAUUCCCGAGGCGCCUAUCUCAUACUCCUCAGCGACGGAUUGGAAAAUACGGAACCAAAUAUAGCGGACACUCUGGGGGAUAUCGAAAGUUCAGGUGUUAUUGUACACACAAUUGCCCUCUUUCAAGCUGAUACUCAGAUGGAGGAACUGGCCCAGAUGACAGGCGGUACAUCGUAUACCUGUCCUGAUGGAGGCAGUGCACAGUGUGUCAUCUCUGCUUUUGUGUCAAUAAUAGCCACAAGGCCUCAAAGUAUUCCUGAUUCUGCACCAAUACAGGUUGUAAGUUCAUCGAUCGUAGUAGACUCUGGUAAGAUCGAGACCACCACGAUCAUGAUCGAUGCUGCUCUAGGAUUGGAUACUAUCAUGACAUUCACAUGGGCGGCUAACCCCAUCAUCACCGUUGCAGUGACAGGACCGGACGGAACCAGUUUAGACAGCAGCGAUCCAGAAUAUGAUAUCGAUACAAGCUCCAAAAUAAUAACCACAACAAUCGGAGGUGCAGAGGCUGGCUUGUGGGACAUUGAAAUCAGUAACACAGGCGUUAACAGUUUUGCAGAAGAAGUUAGUAUAAACGUGAUCUCCAAACCUCGAUCGGAAGAUGUUUAUCCCCCGGUUGUCAAUAGUUUCUUGGGAGCAAAGAUAGUAAACUACACGUCAUUUCCCCUGGUCGAGGUCUAUGCCCAUGUCCAUACCAACUACCAACCGGUGAUCGAUGCGACGGUGAUUGCUACAGUAGAGAGUACAACAUCAGGGAAUAUGACAACCAUCCCACUCCGGGAUAAUGGACUAGGAGCUGAUUUGAUCACUGGUGACGGUAUUUACUCGGCUUAUUUCCUGGACUUCUCUUCAAAUGGACGUUAUGGCGUUAAGGUAGAUGUAAACGGAAAAACAACAUCCUCAUCAAAUGUUGGUCUGAGAUCGAAACGAGAUACAGCAACGUUUCAAGGCUUCCAGCGUACAACUACGGCGGGUGUCUUCCAAGUCGAAAACUACUCCCCGGGUCUUAAUGUUGAUAUCUUGGCACCAUCUAAGAUCACUGACAUUACGAGCGUUGAGAGAACCUACGAUGAGAAUAGAAAUGUAACAUUGAUAUGGACAGCUGUAGGGGAUGAUUUGGACCAAGGAACGGCUGCCUCUUACGAGCUCCAUUUCUCAGAUAACUUUACCCAACUCCGAACCGACUUUACCUCUACUUCUGCCAUUACCGAUAUAGAUCUCAUAGUCGGUAACCUCUCUCAAGUCGCUUCUUCUGGAAAUCUUGAAUCCAUCUCGUUUCUUCUGCCGGGUGAAGACUCAGAUGCUAUCUUUUAUUUUAUGAUAAGAGCCUGGGAUGAGGCUGGCAACGCGGGUCCUUUAUCGAAUAUAGUAUCCGUCUCAAGGCGCCGUGUACCUCCGACCAGCAUGGCGCCGACUUCCAAAUCACCAGCAAGAUUAGAGUUAUAUAUCAUAUUUAUCAUUGCAAUUUCCUGUAUCGUGUUCUUGGCUUUACUCACUUUUUCCAUCGUCAUUACUAUAUCACUACCUCGGCUUCAUACAGUAGAUGACAUUGGUGGCCAUGCACUUUCCAGGGAUCGGGCAGUCUUCUUUCUUUCUGCAGUUGCAGUAGUCCUUGGCUUGGUCUUUGCUAGUGUCUGUAAUCUUGUUGUUGUGGGCUUUUAUUUACAUGCCGAAUCGAAUCAUCCGCCGGAUGUCACUAAGAGAAUACCGCAGUCCAUCCAGACCCGCCUGUCCAACAUUUCCAGUAGCGAAAACAUAUUCAACAGUGCCAAACCAGACUAG